AUGACUUCAGGGCAUCUCAGCCAAGACGAGGUCAGCAUCUUACAUGAUGUCCUUGCCGUAAAACAAUCAAAUGUACUGACUCUUUGCGCUGCACAGUUCUUCGACAAGCUCGGCCAUCUGUUCAACCACCGAAAGAGCAGCGACCAUGGCGCCGUCUACCUAACACAAAAGCGAUUCACAUACGACCCCAGCGAACAAUCAACAACCGCCAAGCUCUUCCCAGACCUCCUCCCCGACAAGCCCCUCCCAAUCAUCAUCAAGGCCACAAACGGCAAGUCGAAGCGCGAUAGAUCCGACAAGGAGAAGCUCUCAACCAUUGUUCAGCCCCACGAGCUGGAAGGUUUCUACGUCCGGUACGCCGACGUCUGCAAGGCGGGAAUGACGCUGUUGAAGCCGAGAGACAAGAGCAAGAAGAAGGCAAAGGCGAAGAAGAAGAAGGCUACUUCAUAG